UCUCCUCAGGGGCCGCAGGGGCGGUUCUCUGUCCACCCCGCGGGACUCCUUGGGGCAACUGAGGCCCCCCAACACAGAACCGGCCGCCCCUGCCCAGUCGGCAGCCGCAUGUGUAUCCUUGCCCUGUCGGGUCCCUGACACCGCCUCGCCCCGGGCAUGGCCGCAGACAGAUGCCCUCACUUCUGAGGACUUUAUCCCACUGCCUAUGGUCAAUUAAUGAUGCUGUGAGGAUGCAAAUAGGAAAGAAUUCUCAGUGAAUGAACCUACUGGACAUGUCAUCACAGAGCCAUCUCCACAGGGCAGCUUGAGCGUCCUCCCUCACCUAGCAGGAGUCUCCCUUCAGAGUAGGUGAACCAAGAAAGAGCAAGACAGAAGCCACAAUAUCUUUUAUGACUGAGACUCAUAGGACACAUGUCACAUACCACCACUUUUAACUAAUUCUCCUCAUUAGAAUUGAGUUACUAAGUCCAGUAUACAUUCAAAAGAAAGAGAAUUAGAAUCAACUUUUGAAUACAAGGUUAUCGGGCAUUUUAAAAAGUACUGGAAUCAUCUAUUUUUUAAAGGACUCCUAGAGAAAUGACAGUCCCUUGCUGCUGCAUUUAAUUGGAGAGGAGCUCAGAGACCCAGGAUGAUAAUUAUGACGCCUUAAAUGUCAAGCUCUUCAAAAGUCUGCCAUUGCCCUCACUGUCACCCUGAACAACUCUGGGAACCCAAACUCUGCAGCCCCCCCAGAGCAUGCUCUGGGUCUCUCAGUUAAGUCUCACCUGAGAAAUCUGAGUGAUAGUGACGUGCAGCAGCAGGAAGAUGCACAGUAAACCGAGGAGCCUGUGAUGAGCUCAGAAGAGUGUGGUAAAAUGAUAAACACAGAGGUCUCAGGGUCAGCUGGACUAGGUGCCAAUUCUGCCACCUCUUACUAGCUAUGUGACUGUUGCAGAAAAGGAAGACAACCCAGUGAGAUGAAUUAUCUUGACCACAUCAUGCAACUUCUCACCUGCAGAGCAAGGAUUAGGACCCAGGGGUGGAGUGGAAAGGAAGAAUAAACAACCUUCAGUCUUGGAGAGGGAAGGCUGUUCCUGACCCAGUUCACAACUCACCCACAUGUCUUCAAAGCCAAAGAUGGAAGAGAAGAGGCGAAAAUACUCCAUCAGCAGCGACAACUCUGACACCACUGACAGUCACGCUACGUCUGCAUCAAGAUGCUCCAAACUGCCCAGCAACACCAAGUCGGGCUGGCCCCGGCAGAACGAAAAGAAGCCCUCCGAGGUUUUCCGGACAGACUUGAUCACCGCCAUGAAGAUCCCAGACUCAUACCAGCUCAGCCCGGAUGACUACUACAUCCUGGCUGACCCGUGGCGACAGGAGUGGGAGAAAGGUGUGCAGGUGCCCGCCGGGGCCGAGGCCAUUCCGGAGCCUGUGGUGAGGCUCCUGCCACCACUUGAAGGCCCCCAGGUAUCCCCUAGCAGCUACGAACUUGGCGAGGGCUCCCAGCCUGAUUGGCCAGGGGGCAGCCGCUAUGACCUGGAUGAGAUUGACGCUUACUGGCUAGAGCUCAUCAACUCAGAGCUCAAGGAGAUGGAGAGGCCAGAGCUGGAUGAACUGACCUUAGAGCGUGUGUUGGAGGAGCUGGAGACGCUGUGCCACCAGAAUAUGGCACGGGCCAUCGAGACGCAGGAGGGGCUGGGCAUCGAGUAUGAUGAGGACGUCGUCUGUGACGUGUGCCGCUCUCCUGAGGGUGAGGAUGGCAACGAGAUGGUCUUCUGUGACAAGUGCAACGUCUGUGUGCACCAGGCGUGCUAUGGGAUCCUCAAGGUACCCACCGGCAGCUGGCUGUGCCGGACAUGUGCCCUGGGUGUCCAGCCAAAGUGCCUGCUCUGCCCAAAGCGAGGAGGAGCUUUGAAGCCCACCAGAAGUGGGACCAAGUGGGUGCACGUGAGCUGCGCUCUCUGGAUUCCUGAGGUCAGCAUCGGCUGCCCCGAGAAGAUGGAGCCCAUAACCAAGAUCUCGCAUAUCCCAGCCAGCCGCUGGGCUCUGUCCUGCAGCCUCUGCAAGGAGUGCACUGGCACCUGCAUCCAGUGUUCCAUGCCUUCCUGCGUCACGGCGUUCCACGUCACAUGCGCCUUUGACCAUGGCUUGGAAAUGCGGACUAUAUUAGCAGACAACGACGAGGUCAAGUUCAAAUCUUUCUGCCAAGAACACAGUGAUGGGGGACCCCAGGGUGAGCCCACAUCUGAACCCAUGGAGCCCAGCUCAGCCGGUGAGGACCUAGAAAAGGUGACCCUACGCAAGCAGCGGCUGCAGCAGCUAGAGGAAGACUUCUAUGAGCUGGUGGAGCCGGCCGAGGUGGCUGAGCGCCUGGACCUGGCGGAGGCGCUAGUUGACUUCAUCUACCAGUACUGGAAGCUGAAGAGGAAAGCUAAUGCCAAUCAGCCGCUGCUGACCCCCAAGACUGAUGAGGUGGACAACCUGGCCCAGCAGGAGCAGGACGUCCUCUACCGCCGCCUGAAGCUUUUCACACACCUGAGGCAGGACUUGGAGAGGGUUAGAAAUCUGUGCUGCAUGGUGACAAGGCGCGAGAGAACGAAACACGCCAUCUGCAAACUCCAGGAGCAGAUAUUCCACCUGCAGAUGAAACUUAUUGAACAGGAUCUGUGUCGAGAACGAUCUGGAAGGAGGGCAAAGGGCAAGAAGAGCGACUCAAAAAGGAAAGGUCGCGAGGGCCCGAAAGGCAGUCCUGAGAAGAAAGAGAAAGUGAAGGCAGGACCAGACUCAGUCCUGGGGCAGCUGGGCCUGUCCACCUCCUUCCCCAUCGAUGGCACCUUCUUCAACAGCUGGCUGGCGCAGUCUGUGCAGAUCACAGCGGAGAACAUGGCCAUGAGCGAGUGGUCACUGAACAAUGGGCACCGUGAAGACCCUGCUCCGGGGCUGCUGUCGGAAGAGCUGCUACAAGAUGAGGAGACGCUGCUGAGCUUCAUGCGGGACCCCUCACUACGACCUGGUGACCCUGCCAGGAAGGCCCGAGGCCGCACCCGCCUGCCAGCCAAGAAGAAACCACCCCAGGAAGGGCCAGGUUCACGGACGACUCCAGACAAACUCCCCAAGAAGCCCUGGGGCCAGGAUGCAGGCAGCGGCAAGGGGGGUCAAGGGCCACCUGCCAGGAAACCACCGAGGCGAACACCUUCUCACCUGCUCUCCAGUCCUACAGCUGGGGACUGCCCCAUCCCAGCCACUCCCGAGAGCCCCCCACUGCUGGCCCCUGAGACCCUGGACGAGGCAGCCCCAGUGACAGCCGACUCGAAUGUCCAAGUGCCUGGCCCUACGGCGAGCCCCAAGCCCUCAGGCCGGCUCCGACUGCCUCGAGAGAACAAGGGAACCCGGAGGUCACCAGGUACCAGGCCUGAUGCUGGGACAGGACCGCCUUCUGCUGUGGCCGAGAGACCAAAGGUCAGCCUGCACUUUGACACCGAGACUGACGGCUACUUCUCUGAUGGGGAGAUGAGCGACUCAGACGUGGAGGCCGAGGACAGUGGGGUACAGCGGGGUCCCCGGGAAGCAGGGGCUGAGGAGGUGGUCCGCAUGGGGGUUCUGGCCUCCUAAGUCGCCCCUAUCCCUGUCCCGGGCCCUGCCCUGGUUCCCCCACAAGGCCUCAGCCCAGUCACAACUGCCAUUUCCAAUCUUUGCUGAGUGUCCCAGACCCUCAAGGCUGCCACUCUGUUGUGGUUUUAUUUUUAAUAUAGAGAGAGUUUUGAAUUC